ACCCCUGGACCGCCUCUCAAUGGCACCUUCCGAGUCCCUCCAGUCCCUUGUCGCGACUCCCGUUGUUGAACAAAUCAAUCGUCUCCUACUCGACAUAAAUCAAGAAUCCGACGCUACCUCCAUCGCCUUCUGCCACACCUUCCUCUCUCAAUACAUCGCAUUUGGACGCCCGCUGAGCGGGUACUUUACCAUUUGCUGUGUCAUGGAGAUGGAAUGGACUGUGCUCCUUUGGUGCACAAAGGACUUGGGAUUGGAGGAUGGUGAGAAGGCAAAGAAAGCUUUGAGGAAUGUCCUCGUAGAUGCACUGCAGUGCUUUAGUGAUUUGUUGGAGCAGAUUGAGGGUAUAGAAGCCGAACCUCCCGUCGAUACCUAUGAAUGGGAGACUGUGUCCAAGAGUUUGAGACUAGUAUCUGUCUGCUCUGUUGCGCUUCGAGAGCUAUAUGAGCAUCUCCAUAUUUGCCUGACGCAGCUAUUGAGCGACAGCGCACCCAUCCUUGACAAUCUUGUUCAGAAAUCGGCGCUCAAGGCUACUACAGUGCUAGUGCAAAGUUUCCCGGAGAUCGCUCCGUCUUUUAACCCCCACCCCUGA